AUGGCCAGUGCUAUACCCACCCCAUCGGCCUCGCCUGCAGCGCAAGCAUCCCUGUCAGAUCCUUCAUUUGAUUUACUAGCCCUCUUCUUCGGAACGCUAGACGAUGGAGACGAAGAAGGAAGACAUCAAAGAUGGUCAUCUUUUAUUGGGAUAAUAGUGGCUAUAUGUGGGAAUAUUCUCAUUUCAUUCGCUCUCAACAUCCAGCGGUAUGCCCACGUACGCAUCGAACAGGAAGCUGAAGGCGAACGAGUUCGUUUGAGGUCUCGGAGACGUUUGUCGACGAGCACGUAUGGUUCUGUGGAGGCUCCGUAUCGAGAUGAGCCGGACUAUGAGAGUGAUGCUCAACCCGCACGAUCCCGCAAUGGCCGAUAUCAACCCUACAGCAAUCAUGAUUCAAGGAAUGGAGACUCUGAUCACUUGGACCACUCGGUUCUUUCCGACAACACUCUGCGACCUGACGAUAAGACCUCAGAAAAUGGCGAUCGAAUCAGUUAUCUUCAUUCACCAUAUUGGUGGGCUGGUAUUGUGUUGAUGACGCUGGGAGAGAUGGGGAAUUUCCUUGCUUAUGGAUUUGCACCGGCUUCCAUUGUCUCACCCCUGGGAGUUGUUGCGUUGAUUUCGAAUUGCAUUAUUGCCCCGUUUCUCUUGAAGGAGAAAUUUCGUCCACGCGAUUUCUGGGGUGUCCUGAUUGCCAUUGCAGGUGCAGUGGUGGUGGUAUUGAGUGCGGAGACAUCCGAGACUAAAAUUGGUCCCCAUGAUAUUUGGGUGAUGAUUACGAAGUGGGAGUUUGAGGUGUACAUGGGUGUCACUGCUGGAUUGAUAGUUGUUCUCAUGUACUUGAGCGAAAAGCACGGUGGUCGUACAAUCUUAAUUGACCUAGGUUUGGUUGGUCUGUUUGGUGCCUACACUGCCCUUUCCACCAAAGGCGUUGCAUCGCUACUUUCGUUUACUCUAUGGCAUGUCAUCACAUUUCCCAUCUCCUAUUUACUUGUCGCGGUUCUUGUCACAAGUGCCUUGAUGCAAGUGCGUUAUAUCAACCGCGCCCUGCAACGAUUCGACUCUACACAAGUCAUACCUACUCAAUUCGUUCUCUUCACCCUUUCCGUUAUCAUAGGAAGUGCUGUGCUAUACCGCGACUUUGAAUCUGCGACAUUAUCUAGAGCAUUGAAGUUCGUUGGCGGUUGCGCCUUGACGUUUCUCGGAGUGUACUUUAUCACCAGCGGUAGAGUCCGCAGUGAUGAUGAUUAUGAAAUUAGUUACGGCGAUGAAGACGAAGAAGAGGCCGUGGGAUUUCUAAAUGAGGAGCGGUACCGUGAUUCAAUAGAUGAGCCCGCGCCGCUGGAGCCGAGACCACAACGAACGAACAACAUAUCUAGUCCCUUGCGCCGAGAUUCAGUGCGAAGCGCCACUUCAGAAAGACAAAGCUUGAGCACUCCCAAAGGACUCCUUUCGCCGGUUGGCUCCGACCAUGACGGGUCAUUCUCAGAAGAUUCUUUAUCCCAAGAACUUAGCACGCCAUCAUCUCCUCUACGGUCUCAUUCUCUAGCCGACAAUCCCUGGGCUUCGCCUAGUAACAUUAACCAAACUCCAUCCCAAGUCAAUCCACUUGUACAAGAAAGUACACCGGCGACUCCUCCUAAUCGACAUUCAUAUGUAGAACAAACUCCUCCGCUCCUUCUCCGAUUUCCAGCUGCUCCUACACUUGACGAUAAUGCCUCGUCAACAAAUAAUGAGCCUCAUAACCAGCCGACUCAAUCACUUCAAUUACCAGCAGACGCUAAAACACUCACGAGUCGACGCCGGAGCACACCUCGAACCCCACAGUCGAACACAAGGAAUUCUGUCCAUUUACGAUUGACCCCGAGCCCGCUCAUUGCGCCUCUUUCUUCUACUCUGUCUGCUGUUGUAGCAGACUCUCUUUUACGCGGCGAGGGCAGUCCGAAGCACGCACGAAGCAGGUCUCUUAAGGUUCGGAAGCUAGCCGGGGCCCCGCUCAUUCCCGAUAGAAUGAACGACGGUCAACUGUCAGCACACGACUCAGACAUGCUGGUUAGCGGUCAUCGUAAUGAUUCCAGUGCCGUGACUGUCGCCCCAGGUUCGUCUCGCUUUUGUUCUGCGAAUGAUGUACGGCCUACAGAUGACCAAGAACACACUGAUUCCAAGCCGAACCCUGAUCAGGCUGCAAAAAUGAGGAUGCGAAGCUUUAGCGAUUCCAUCAACGGUCACUUAGCCUGGCUUGGAGGGACGCUCCUAGGCUCAAAACGAUCUUCAAGGCCGGCAGUGCCUACUGAAAACGAGCCAGAUAGUCAUCAUGCAGAAUCAUGA